AGAAACGAAUGCAUCUGAUAUUUCACUCUCAUCUCUUCGUCUUGUUACUAUACUGCUGAUGCAAAAUUUUUGUCUUCAACAGCUUUCUAUUUUCAAACACAUCCAUCACUUUCUCUCUCCAACACCAUCUCUCUCUCUCUCUCUCUCUCUCUCUCUCCCUCUCUCUCUCUCUCACUUGAGAUUCAAAGUUGAAGCGCUUUGAAGAAUCGCCUUUGAAAGGUUGGUUUUGAAGUCCUUACUAUUAAGAUCUAAAAUACGAUGGUCGCAAAAAUUCGGCAAAGUGUUACUGACUCUCCAACGCCGAGUCCAAAGCCAGAGGUUGGAGAGAUUGACACCAGCCCACCUUUUCAGUCUGUUAAAGAUGCUGUGUCUCUAUUUGGUGAAGGUGCUUUCUCUGGGGAAAGACCUAUCCUUAAGAAGCCAAAAGCUUAUUCUGCCGAGAGAGUUUUGGCUAAGGAGACGCAACUUCAUGUAGCCGAAAAAGAGCUGAACAAGUUGAGGGAACAAGUAAAGAACGCUGAAACUACCAAGGCUCAAGCUCUUGUGGAGCUUGAAAGGGCUCAAAGGACUGUUGAUGAUUUGACACAAAAGCUAAAACUUAUUACUGAGUCUAGGGAGUUGGCUAUCACGGCAACAGAAGCUGCAAAAUCUCAGGCAACACAAAAGUAUGGUGACUCGGAUGGAAUCAAUGGGACCUGGAAAGAAGAGUUAGAAACUGCAGUUAAAAGGUAUGCAUCUAUCAUGACAGAACUCGAUGCUGCUAAGCAAGAUCUGAGGAAAACUCGUCAGGAAUAUGAUUCAUCAUCAGGUGCAAGAGUGUUGGCUGUCAAGCAAACGGAAGAAGCUGAACAUGCAAUGAAGGAAAACACGGAAAGAAUAUCUGAGCUAUACAAAGAAAUUUUAUCUGUAAAAGAGUCGAUUGAGCAAGAAAAGCUUGCAUCGGUGGAAGCACAGCGGCAGCAAGCAUUGACAUUAUCUGAGAAAGACGCUCUUAGACAAUCAUACAAAGCUACUCUUGAACAAUCCAAAAAGAAAUUACUUGCUUUAAAAAAGGAAUUCAAUCCUGAGCUCACAAAAAAUCUUGAAGUGCAGUUGGCCGAGACAAUGAGUGAAAUUGCGACUUUGCAAUCAGAAAUGGAAAACAAAAGGUCGUCCGACUUGGACUCUGUAAAAACCGUUACUUCGGAGCUUGACGGUGCGAAAGAAUCACUGCAUAAAGUAGUAGACGAGGAAAACUCUCUUAGAAUCUUGGUAGAGACUCUGAAGGUGGAACUAGAGAAUGUAAAGAAAGAACAUGCUGAAUUGAAGGAAAAAGAGUCCGAAACCGAAUCCAUCGUUGGGAAUCUACAUGUCAAACUCCGCAAAAGCAAGGCUGAGCUUGAAGCCUGCUCUGCUGAAGAAUCUAAGGUUAGAGGUGCAUCCGAGGAAAUGAUCUUGACACUGAGUCAGCUGACAUCUGAAACUGAGGAAGCACGACGGGAAGCAGAAGAUAUGAGGAACAAAACAGCCGAGUUAAAGAAGGAAGCCGAAGCUACCAAGCUUGCAUUAGAAGAUGCAGAGAAGAAGCUUAAAGAAGCAAUGGAAGAAGCAGAAGCAGCAAAAUUGGCUGAAGCUAGUGCUGUCGAGCAGAUUACAGUGCUAACCGAAAGGACAAGUGCUGCGCGUGCAUCAACGUCAUCGGAAUCUGGUGCUGCAAUUACACUCUCAACGGAGGAGUUCGAGUCACUAAAUCGGAAAGUCGAGGAGUCUGAUAAAUUAGCAGACAUGAAAGUGGAUGCGGCCAAAGCACAGGUUGAAGCUGUGAAAGCUAGCGAAAAUGAAAUUUUGAAAAAGUUGGAAGCAACUCAAAAGGAGAUUGAGGAUAUGAAGACUGCAACACAAGAGGCCUUGAAAAAGGCCGAGAUGGCCGAAGCGGCAAAGAGGGCAGUAGAGAGUGAGCUUCGAAGGUGGCGCGAGAGGGAACAGAAAAAGGCAGCCGAAGCUGCAGCUCGGAUACUGGCCGAAACACAGAUAUCAUUGUCAUCAGAAUCAUCUCCUCAGCAUUAUAGGAUUCAAAAGCAGAAUGUCCCUCCUCCUCAUACAACAGUGGAAGUGAGGAAGUUAGAUAAAGAGAAGAUAUCGGUUUCGAAGAAAACAGUGUUGCCUAAUAUUAGUGGUAUCUUUCAGAGGAAGAAAAGCAAUGUUGAUGGUGGAUCUGUUUCUUAUUUGCCUGGUGAGAAUCGUGUAUAGUUUGUGAAGCUCUUGAUUGUGAGAGAAAACAUUGUGUUGAUGAUUUGUGUGUAGUUGAGGAAUUUGAGUAGAUUUUUGUAAUGAAGUGUGUUUGAAGGAAAGUAUUAUUAUUGUAUGGUGUUAAUAGUUUGGUGACAAAUUAUGAGACAUGAAUAUAUAAAUGGAACCAGUGGAAAAAUUAAAAUCUAUUUGUACUUUUUUUCUGCUGAUAUUAAGCUUUCAUGACAGGUGGAUUGAACCCUUUCAUGGGACCUA